UAAAUCAAAAAAAAAAAAGGUCAAAUGAAACUUGCCUGACCCACAACACACUUUCUUCUGAUUCUUGAUUCUUGAAUCUGAUCUCCGCAUAUGGAGAAUCCGAUAAUGAAGACAUGGAGAAAAAUGAAGUCUUUUAAGCAUACGAGCUCUUCGACCAACGCCUCGAUCAAGAAGAGCAAGUCUUGGAAUGGCUCUGUUCUUGUCGAGGACGCUAAGAACAACGAAUCGAAAGUAAAGAUCAAGAGAGAUUCUCCGCCUCCACAUGGGUGUUUCACGGUAUACGUGGGUCCCACGGAACAGAGGAUCGUGGUGAAGACAAAACUGUUGAACCAUCCUUUGUUCAAGAACUUGCUAGAAGACGCAGAGAACGAGUACGGAUAUAGACGCGAUGGACCCAUUGUUCUUCCUUGCGAGGUUGACUUUUUCUUCAAGGUUUUGGCUGAUAUGAAGUCUAGUGAUGGUCAUGGUGAUGAUUAUGAUGACGAUGAUGAUGGUUCGGUUAGUUCUCCGAUUUGCGGGUUGGGCAGUCCGUAUCGAUGUGGUGGUACCGAGUCUAUGGCUAUGAGACGGAACGGCUCAUACAAGCUCCUUCGAACUCCCUCUUUUUUCAAGUUGAAUAGACUUUGA